AUGCUCAUUCUGGCCAUCGGAGACCUGCACAUCCCUGAGCGAGCAGUCGACAUACCGCAUAAGUUCAAGAAACUCCUACAGCCUACGGGAAAGAUCCAGCAGGUUUUGUGUCUGGGAAAUGUGACUAAUUCGCAAUCGACGUUGGAUUUCCUCAAGUCGUUAUCACUGGAUUUCCAGAUGGUGAAAGGCGAUCUUGACCAGGACUACAAUCUUCCGCUUUCGUUGGUCUUCAAUCACGAUAAGCUGAAAAUUGGCCUUGUGAAUGGCUUCCAGAUAGUCCCUAAAGCGGACCCUUUGAGUCUUUUAUCUCAAGCUCGACUGAUGAACGUGGAUAUACUGAUAUAUGGUUCAACACACAAGGUUGAGGCUUACACGCUUGACGGACGGUUUUUCGUCAACCCUGGUAGUGCCACUGGUGCAUUCAGCACGAGCAAGAUGGAUCAGGAGGACGUGGAUACGGUGGAGGCAUAUCUAGCAGAAGUGAACGGAAAGAUAGGGCAAGGAGAGGAGAAGAAAGAGGCUAGUAAUGAUGAAGACAAAAAGGACGACAAGAAGGAGGAAGAGAAGCCAGAGAGUGGCAAGCCGGAAGAGUUUGUGGAGAUCGAAGAGUACAUGGAUCCCGUUCCCAGCUUCUGUCUUCUGGACAUCCAAGGCUCUGUGUGCACGCUGUAUUUGUACACAUUGAUCGACGGCGAGGUGAAGGUGGACAAGCUGACCUACAGAAAAGAGGAGCAGGAAUAA